UACAUCAUGAAGAAAACAGACCAACCUAUCACGGAAGUAGACACAAUGCUGUGUUGGUUAGCGUCCAUAAACGUCAUUAAACUGAAAACGGUACAUUUCAACGAUGUAUUAAUUUCGUAUUUAACGAAGAACGAUGCUUUUAAAACGUGCUAAAGAUUUAACGUUAGUGAAGUCGAGCACACAUUCAAAAUCUGGCCUUAUGUCUGUUAAGGAUUCGGUAACAUCCAUUAGCCAGGUUGCAUCUAUAUUGUAUUGAAAGAGCAUUGAAGUUUUGUCAUGACCACCAUGGGACAUAGGAGGAGAGGUCACACUCCUAAAACACCCCAGUCCCUGGAUACACAGUCCUCCAGCACACGCAGACAAUCGGAUAAAGAGGAAAGUGUAAAGCACAGAAUAUGUAUGGUUUCAGACUUUUUCUACCCAAACAUGGGGGGUGUAGAGAGUCACAUCUAUCAGCUCUCACAGGGCCUCAUAGAGAAAGGACAUAAAGUUGUCAUAGCAACACAUGGUUAUGGAGACCGCCGAGGAGUUCGCUAUCUGACCAAUGGACUGAAGGUGUAUUACCUACCCCUGCAGGUCAUGUAUAAUCAGUGUACAGCAACCACCUGCUUCCUCAGUUUGCCACUGCUUAGGUGCGUGUUUGUGCGUGAACGCAUCACAAUCGUGCACGCUCACAGCUCGUUUUCUUCAAUGGCCCAUGAUGCUCUUUUCCACGCCAAAACAAUGGGACUCAACACUGUAUUUACAGAUCACUCUCUCUUCGGAUUUGCCGACCUGAGCUCCGUACUGACUAAUAAACUGCUGACCGUCUCCUUAUGCGACACAAGUCAUAUUGUGUGUGUGUCGUACACUAGUAAAGAGAAUACUGUUUUGCGGGCCACCCUUGCCCCUGAGAUCGUCUCUGUCAUCCCGAAUGCGGUGGACCCCACUGACUUCACUCCUGACCCCUGUCGGCGUGAUAACAGCAAGAUCACCAUUGUGGUCAUUAGUAGACUGGUUUACAGAAAAGGGAUUGAUUUACUAAGUGGCAUCAUUCCUGAACUAUGUGGAAAGCACCCAGAUCUCUGCUUUCUGAUUGGUGGAGAGGGACCCAAAAGAAUCGUUCUGGAAGAAGUUCGAGAAAAGUAUCAACUACAUGACCGGGUUCGUCUACUAGGAGCUCUGGAUCAUAAAGAUGUGAGAGAUGUUCUUGUUCAGGGUCAUAUAUUUCUCAACACAUCUCUUACUGAAGCCUUCUGUAUGGCCAUAGUGGAGGGAGCCAGUUGUGGGCUGCAGGUUGUAAGCACCCGGGUUGGAGGUAUACCUGAGGUCCUACCCAACGAGUUAAUGACACUGUGUGAACCAACAGUUCGAUCAAUCUGUGAUGGGUUAGAAACUGUUAUUGCAAACAUACGCACAGGAAAUGUGGCGUCUCCUGCUACCAUCCACCGUAAGGUCCGAACCCUCUACACCUGGCGAAAUGUUGCUGAUCGCACAGAAAAGGUGUAUAACCGUGUAUGCAGGGAGCCAGUACUGUCACUGUCUGAUCGAUUACACAGAUUGCAGAAUCACUGUGGGCCUGUGGCUGGAUUAGUUUUUUCCCUUUUUGCUGUUUUUGACUUCCUUUUCCUGUUGUUUCUGCAGUGGCUGCGCCCAGAUCACCUGAUUGAUGUUGCUGUAGAUGCAUCUGGCCCCCACAGUCGUCUGGGACAGAACUUUAGUAAGACGAAAAGUAAAAUAGCAAACGCAACUUUGACCUCUGUGUCCUGACCUAUGAUCUAACAUUACCUUAUUUUAGUUACCGAAAAUGGUUUGUCAUUCCAAACCCCUAUACCUUCCUUAUGCAGAUAUUUUACAUUCAACGACAGUUCAUAUGGAAUAUUCAAAUGAAGCAUUCUGUUAAGAUGCUUUUAAUAAUCUGUUCAAUCCAGUUUACAAAUCGGAUGAAUUACGUGAAUUGGACUGAUCUGCUUCUUGAAUAUAAAUCACUGAUCUAGUAACAGCAAUUCUCUGAUGCUGGAAAGUCAGUGAAUUAUCAAAUUAUAAGUUAAAAGGUACAUAUUUAUAGUAUUAUAUGUGAAUAUUUCCCUCAAUUUUAUGGUUUGUAUUGCUUCACAAAAGAAAAAUCGUGUAUGGGUUGAAAAUAACAUGAGAGUGUGCAGAAAAUGACAUUUGUUUAGGUUUUAUUUUUACCUUUAUUGGUAAAGGCAGUAUGCAAAUAAAGUAACUCCAGAUGUGCACAACUAACUUGUUUACAUUUCUGAAUAAAAUGAUAACCUCAGGUGUUUAUGAAGCUUUUAAUAGCUACCAACUCCUAAAGUUUGUCAAGGCAUCACUUUAAUCUCUGAUUUAUUCAUUGUACACUUGCUUUAAAUUUAGGACUCUUUCAAACUGCUUUUUUGUAUGGUACACCAUUAUUUUAUACUUACCUUCUAUGUUAAUAUUUAUAAAUGUGAAUGACUGUGACAAGCUUUCUUAAUGCCUGAAUUGUUUUUUGUUUUUUUAAAUAAUCUUCAAUAAAUUUUGAUAACAAGCUUGUACGCUA